AUGAUACCAAUCAUUUCGGUAAUAAGUUCGUACAUCGUUCAAAAGAAAUAUAGAAAAAAAGUUCAAUUUGUUUCAAAUAUUCCUGAAUAUGAUCAUGCUAUAAUUAUUGGAGGUAGUUUUGGAGGAAUGGUCACUGCUGCUUAUUUAUCAAAAUAUUUCAAACGAAUAACAAUCAUAGAAUCAGAUGAUGUAUUAAAUGAUACUUUCAACAAAUCUACACCCAGCGAAAUAUUAGAUUAUCGUUGUCAUCUUGAAAGUCCAACAUCAAUAGGACGUUCGGGUGUUAGUCAAAUCUAUCAACCACACACAGUCGCACGUGAAGGAUUUAAUAUAUUACAAAAGUUAUUUCCUCAUUUAAAAGAUAAAUUAAUAAAUGAAUAUGAUAUUCGUUCAUAUUCAUUAAAAAAUGAUGCAAGACUUGUUAUUAAUGGUAUUUUAUUCAAUCAAAAUUUAACUGAUGAUUUUGAAUGUUUAGGUAUUGAUCGUUUUACAUUAGAAAUAGCAUUAAGAAAAGAAUUAUGUUUACAAUAUGGAAAACAAAUUGAAUGGAUAUGUAAUGCAAGAGCAAUUCAAUUAAUUGUUGAUCAAUCAGCUAAUACUGUUCAAGGUGUAAAAUAUCGAUUAAAACAUAAUAUUGGUUCAUCAUCAUUAGAUAUCUAUGGUAAUUUUAUUGUUGAUUGUACUGGUCGAAAUACAUCAUCAACGAAGUGGUUAAAAGAAAGUUUCAAUUUAAUUGUACCAACUGUACAAAUACAUUUUGGUAGUGGUUAUGUUACAUUUAUAGGUGAAAGAUUUAAAACAGGAGAUCCUUCAUUGGAUUCAAAAUCUAUACUUGUCAACAACGGUAAUACACCCGAAAAUAAUAUAGGAUAUGGUAUAACUCCAAUACGUACAAUAAAAACAAAUGAUGAAAAUUCCUUAGGAACUUUAUCGACUAUUGGAUUUGGUUGCGUCAAUUCAGAGUAUCCACCAAAUGAUUCAUAUGAAAAUUUAUUAGAAUGGGCAAAAGAGCAUUUAGAUAAUGAAAUUAAUUCAAUAUUAAAAUCAACUAGAGUAUGUAGUCCAUUGAUUCCAUAUCGUCGGGCAAUUGACGAUCGAAAAUAUGUCGAACUAUUAAGCAAAAAGUGGCCUAAAAACUAUAUUUUAUUAGGUGAUGCAAUGUGUACAUUUAAUCCUCAAUUUGGACAAGGUAUAACACAUGCAUGUCGACAUGCAAGAGAAUUAAGAAAAAUAUUUGAUGAACAUUGUCAUAAAUUAGAAGAUAUUUCUUAUAUCUUCAAUCAACGUGCUUCAGUAAUCAGUGAAGAAUGUUGGCUUGCUUCAACGGCAAAUGAUUGGAAAACACCAACAUUAAAAGUAAUAAAAACUGAUCAAAAUGGUAAAAUUCAAACUUAUCAACAAGAUAGUAAUUUCAAUACAGCUAACGGUUCUAAACUACGAAUACCUUUGAUGGUCAAAUUUUUGCAAUGGUAUAGUUAUUGGUUUCUGCAGUAUGCAUCGAAAUCAGGACAAUUGUCUACAGACUUUUUACAUGUUACCGGUCAAAGUUGCAAUCCAUUGAUAUUGAUGAAACCAAUAACAUUCUUGCAAGUCUGUUACAUGGCAUUGAUCCAUCAUUUUCGUUUAUCUAAAAACUGA